AUUCACACUAGGACAGUAGUGGAUCGGAGUGUCACACUGCACACUCAACUCUCAACUCGAUCGAUCAGUCCGUCCAGCCCGUUUACUUACCUAAUUUAACCAGCCUGCCUAGCUCCUGCGGAUCGAUCAUCAGUGACAGUGUCACACACACACACACACCCAGCCAGCCAGAUUCUUCUUCGUCUAUCUACUAGCUAAGGCAGCUGCUGUCAUGGCCGCCGCGGCAGCAGCAAGAAUCUCCUCGACGGCGUCGCAGCUGCGGCUGUCAUGGCUCAUGGUGAUGCUCAUGCUAGUGGCGUCGAAUAAUAAUGCUGCUGCUGCUCCACCGGCAGCGGCAGCGGGGCAGCUGCGGACGGGGUACUACCGGGAGACGUGCCCGCACGCAGAGGAGAUGGUGUUCCGGGAGACGGCGAGGAUCAUCCGUGCGUCCCCCGACCUCGCCGCCGCGCUGCUCCGCCUCCACUACCACGACUGCUUCGUCCAGGGCUGCGACGCCUCCGUCCUCCUCGACUCCACCCGCGCCAACGCCGCCGAGAGGGACUCCGACCCCAACAAGUCCCUCCGUGGCUUCGACUCCGUCGCCCGCGUCAAGGCCAAGCUCGAGGCCGCCUGCCCUGCCACCGUCUCCUGCGCCGACCUCCUCGCCCUCAUGGCCCGCGACGCCGUCGUCCUCGCCAAGGGCCCCUACUGGCACGUCCCGCUCGGCCGCAGGGACGGCCGCUCCUCCACCGCCGCCAGCUGCGGCGGUCAGCUUCCCCCGCUCUGCGGCAACGUCUCCCGCAUGGUGGACUCCUUCGCCGCCAAGGGCCUCGACGUCAAGGACCUCGUCGUGCUCUCCGCCGCCCACACCCUCGGGAAGGCGCACUGCCCAAACUUCGCCGACCGCCUCUACGGCCCCGGCGCCGACCCGCCGCUCAAGCUCGACGGCGCGUACGCCGACAGGCUGCGGAAGCAGUGCAAGGAGGGCGCCCCGCCGUACGACGGGAACGUGACGGCGGAGAUGGACCCCGGGAGCUUCACGAGGUUCGACAGCAGCUACUUCCGGCAGGUGGUGAGGAGGCGGGCGCUGCUCCGGUCGGACGCCUGCCUCAUGGACCACCCCUUCACCAGCGCCUACAUCCGCCUCGCCGCCACCGGCAGGUACGACGGCCACUUCUUCCAGGAUUUCGCUCACUCCAUGGUGAAGAUGGGCGCCAUCGGCGUGCUCACGGGAGACCAGGGCGAGAUCCGCCUCAAGUGCAACGUCGUCAACUCAACCUAGCUAAUUCAUUCAUUCUCUUCACCCUAGCUAGCUAAUUAUGUAGCUUAAUUGCUAGUGUACGUCGUCAUAGUGUGUGUUUGUGAUGGAUAUGGAUUCACUUUAUUUUUCUACUAUUCAUGGACCGAUAUGAUUUGAUUUGCGUGCUGUAAUAAUUGGUUAGGAUUAAUUCAUUUUAGUUUAUUCUUCCUUCAAUUCA